AUGUCGGUUCGCGUCGUGGCCAGGAUAAGACCUCUCCUCGAGAAGGAGCUGGAGAAGGACAUUAUUGUUCGACCUCACGGCCAAGAAGGGAAACAACCAAAUGUGGUCAAGAUUCCAAGCCCGAAGAAUCCAUCCGAGGAGUUUUCCUUUACCUUCAACAGCGUCUACGACAUGUCGACUUCACAGGAGACUCUGUUUACAUCCGAGGUUGCUCCUCACGUCAAAUCCCUGUUCCAAGGUCUCGAUGUCACGAUUUUCGCCUAUGGCGUCACCGGCACCGGCAAGACGCACACGAUGCGUGGUGGCCUUAGACUGGCAGAGCGCGGAGUGAUCCCCCGUCUUCUGUCUGCCGUUUUCCGUCGCGGCAAGAAGAUCAUGAAGGACUCGGACGGCGAAACCACGGUUGACGUUGCCUUGUCAUACUACGAAAUUUACAAUGACAAGGUCUUUGACCUGCUCGAACCCCCAGAGAAGCGAACCCCAUCCGGCCUGCCCCUGCGCGAGGCCAACAACAAGACGUAUGUCGUUGGCUUGUCGGAACGGCAAUGCGUCGACCUCAAGGACUUUGAGAACCUCUACAUUGAGGCAAACAACAAUCGGGUCACGGCAGCAACCAAAUUGAAUGCUCAUAGCAGUCGCAGUCAUGCUAUUCUACGCGUCAAGGUUACACAGACCACGGGCGACACAGUAAAAGAGAGCACAGCCUCUGCCAUAGACCUUGCCGGAUCAGAAGACAACCGUCGCACAGACAAUGGCAAGGAGCGCCUGGUCGAGUCUGCGGCAAUCAACAAAAGUCUAUUUGUUCUUUCGCAGUGUGUCGAUGCGAUAUCUCGCGGCGAGAAGCGCAUCCCGUAUCGAGAAUCCAAGAUGACACGUAUUCUAUCCCUGGGCCAGAACAACGGCAUCACCAUCAUGAUCCUCAACCUCUCGCCCAUGCGUGCGUACCAUCUGGAUACUCUGAGCAGUCUGAAUGUCAGCUCGCGUGCCAAACGCAUCGAAGUUCGUGAGAUUGAAAAUGAGGUUGUGUACAAACAAUUCCCUCGCACCAACUCGGGCGGUCCAGCCCUAGGCAGGCAGCCUCUGCGACCGCUUGCCAACGCUCAUAACACGGCCGCCAUCUCCAAGCCCGGCUCCACCUCUGCUGCUGACAAGCCAGAGAAGGAGAAGCCUACGAAACUGUUCAACGUCUACAAAAGUCCAGCGCCUGCAAAGCCUCCCAAGCCUGCCGCACUAGCCUUGGCCAACAAGCCCACCACGGCCAACAUGUCGAUGCCGCGUGCCAAAGCAGCGCCGGUCAGCCCGACGAAGCGCAAGCCCGAAACGACCGAAUCAAACCUCAGCCUCCCGCGCCCAUCAAAACUGAUCCGCCCCUCCCAGACAGUCCCGAGGCAGCUGCUUGGCCCAUCAGCGGUGCCAUCGUUUCCCUCCAUGACCGCCGAGCAAAUUGAGGCUAUGGUUGAGCGCAAGGUCGCUGAGGUUCUUGCUGCGCGUGCAGCUGCUGAAACGCAAGCUGCGCCUGCCGAACCGCCAAAAGAGAUCAGCGAGGCUGUCCAGAAACGGCUCGACGAACUGGAAAGGAAAAUUGCCGACAGCAACCGCGACGACGAUGGGCCUUCCCAGGGUCUUCGCCUCAUCCUGCAAGCCCGGCAAUGCAAAGAACUUGGCGACGAGGAAGGCGCCCUCCGCGCGUACGAGGAGGCAUUGCGCUUCUUUCCGGGCCAGGCCAAGCUUCUUCGCAAGAUCCAGAAGCAAAAGGUCAUCCUUGGUAUUGUCGAUGAAGAAAAGCCGCAGCAGGCGCGAGUAAAACCCGCCCCCGCGGCAAGCACGGAUAGCGACUUUCACGGUACGGAUGGCGAUGUGGACGACGACGGCGACAGCCUCGCAGAGGAAAAGACGGCGCGCGCACCGCGCAAAAAGAAGCAGGUCCGGAGGACGGUAGCAUCAGAUGCCGAAUACCCACCGGAGCAUCUGACGCCGCGCAAGAAGCAGCUCCUCGAUAUUGUCAACUCGCGCAACACGGAGCUGAUCAUGAGCCUGACGGGGUUCGGAGCAAAGAAGGCGCGCGAUCUGGUCGAGAACCUGGCGCUGCUUGCCGUUGAUGGUGACAGCGACGCUCCGCAGAUCAGCAGCUUGGCGCAGUUGCGGUCAGUUCCCGGGAUGGGCGGGCGGACCGUAGACAGGGCGUACGAGGGGCUUGGUGCAGGCGCACCCGAGACUGUCACGGCGUAG